GGGACGCGGGGCGCCAUGGCGGCCGCCGAGCGCCGCGCCUUCGCGCACAAGAUCAACAGGAUGGUGGCUGCCGAGGUACGGAAACAGGUGUCCCGGGAACGCAGUGGCUCUCCCCACUCCAGCAGGCGCUGCAGCAGCUCCCUGGGGGUGCCACUGACGGAGGUUAUUGAGCCCCUGGACUUCGAGGACGUGCUUCUGAGCAGGCCACCAGACGCUGAGCCUGGGCCCCUCCGGGACAUGAUUGAGUUUCCAGCUGACGACUUGGAGCUGGUACUGCAGCCCCGGGAGUGCCGGACCACGGAACCCGGGAUUCCUGAGGAUGGGAAGCUGGAUGCUCAGGCGAGGGCCGCAGUGGAAAUGUACACAGAGGACUGGGUCAUUGUCCACAGGAGGUACCAGCAUCUGAGUGCAGCGUACAGCCCCAUCACCAUGGAGAUGCAGCGUGAGCGGCAGAAGGGCCUCACCCGCCAGGUCUUUGAGCAAGACAUUUCUGGGGACGAGAGGACCGGCCCUGAGGACUCGGAAGAUCCCCGUCGCUGCUCAGGUUCUCCAGAUGACACUCCGCGAGGCAGUGGCGCCUCUGGCAUCUUUGACCUCAGGAACUUGGCCGCCGACUCACUGUUGCCCUCACUGCUAGAGCGCACAGCCCCCGAAGAUGUGGAUCGGCGCAAUGAGGCCCUGCGACGGCAGCACCGGGCCAGUGCCCUGCUUGCCCUCUACCCGGCGCCUGAUGAGGAUGAGGCUGUGGAACGCUGCAGCCGCCCCGAGCCGCCCCACGAGCACUUUGGACAGAGGAUCCUGGUCAAGUGUCUGUCGCUCAAGUUCGAGAUUGAAAUUGAGCCCAUCUUUGGCAUCUUGGCCCUGUACGACGUGCGGGAGAAAAAGAAGAUCUCGGAGAACUUCUACUUCGACCUGAACUCAGACUCCACAAAGGGGCUGCUGCGGGCACAUGGCACCCAUCCUGCCAUCUCCACCCUGGCCCGCUCUGCCAUCUUCUCUGUGACCUACCCCUCACCUGACAUCUUCCUGGUCAUCAAGCUGGAGAAGGUGCUACAGCAGGGUGACAUCAGCGAGUGCUGUGAGCCCUACAUGGUGCUGAAGGAGGCGGACAUGGCCAAAAACAAAGAGAAGCUGGAGAAGCUGCGCCUGGCAGCUGAGCAGUUCUGCACCCGCCUAGGCCGCUACCGCAUGCCCUUUGCCUGGACAGCCGUGCACCUGGCCAACAUCGUGAACAGCGUCGGGCAGCCGGAUCGGGACUCGGACUCCGAGGGCGAACGCCGACCCACCUGGACUGACCGCCGCCGUCGGGGGCCCCAGGACCGAGCGAGUAGCGGAGACGAUGCCUGCAGCUUCUCUGGCUUCCGCCCAGCCACGCUAACCGUCACCAACUUCUUUAAGCAGGAGGCUGAACGUCUCAGCGAUGAGGACCUCUUCAAGUUCCUGGCUGACAUGCGGCGGCCAUCUUCCCUGCUGCGGCGCCUGCGGCCCGUGACCGCCCAGCUCAAGAUCGACAUCUCCCCCGCCCCUGAGAGCCCCCACUUCUGCCUUUCCCCGGAGCUGCUGCACGUCAAGCCCUACCCAGACCCCCGGGGCCGGCCCACCAAGGAGAUGCUGGAGUUCCCCGCACGUGAGGUCUACGCCCCCCACACCAGCUACAGGAACCUGCUUUACGUGUACCCGCACAACCUCAACUUCAGCAGCCGCCAGGGCUCCGUGCGCAACCUCACCGUGCGUGUGCAGUACAUGGCGGGCGAGGACCCCAGCCAGGCCCUGCCGGUCAUCUUCGGCAAGUCCAGCUGCAGUGAGUUUGUCCGGGAGGCCUUCACACCGGUGGUCUACCACAACAAGUCCCCCGAGUUCUACGAGGAAUUCAAGCUGCGUCUUCCGGCCUGUGUGACCGAUAACCACCACCUGCUCUUUACCUUCUACCAUGUCAGCUGCCAGCCUCGGCCUGGCACGGCCGUGGAGACACCCGUAGGCUUCACUUGGAUCCCGCUGCUGCAGCACGGCCGCCUGAGGACUGGCCCGUUCUGCCUGCCUGUGUCCGUGGACCGGCCUCCGCCCAGCUACUCUGUGCUCACACCUGACGUGGCGCUGCCGGGCAUGCGCUGGGUGGAUGGCCACAAAGGCGUGUUCACCGUGGAGCUCACAGCUGUGUCCUCUGUGCACCCCCAGGACCCUCACCUGGACAAGUUCUUCACCCUGGUGCACGUCCUGGAGGAGGGGGCCUUCCCAUUCCGGCUCAAGGACGCCGUCCUGAGUGAGGGUACCGUGGAGCAGGAGCUGCGUGCCAGCCUUGCGGCACUGCGCUUCACCAGCCCUGAGCCCCUAGUUGCCUUCUCCCACCAUGUGCUGGACAAGCUCGUGCAUCUGGUGGUGCGGCCCCCCAUCAUUGGUGGCCAGAUCGUAAACCUGGGUCGUGGCGCCUUUGAAGCGAUGGCCCACGUUGUCAGUCUUGUCCACCGGAGCCUGGAGGCAGCCCAGGAUGCCCGUGGUCACUGCCCACUGCUGGCUGCCUAUGUCCACUAUGCCUUUCGCUUGUCUGGCACUGAACCCAGCCUCCUAGGCGGGGCCUCUCCGGUGACUGUGCAGCCUGCCACACAGGCCCGUGGCCCUGGCCGCCCCGCGAGUCUCUACCUGGCCCGCUCUAAGAGCAUCAGCAGCAGCAACCCCGACCUGGCGGGCGCCCCCGGCGCCGUGGACGAUGAGGUCUCCCGCAUCCUGGCCAGCAAGGGCAUCGACCGCUCACACUCCUGGGUGAAUUCUGCUUACGCUCCAGGGGGCAGCAAGGCCGUGCUGCGGCGGGCGCCCCCUUAUUGUGGGGUCGACCCCAGACAGGCCAUCGACCGCAACUCUAACCGAGCUUCCUCUUACCUCGAGGGCUCCUCCUCAGCCCCGCCAGCCUCUCAGCCGAGACCCACUGUGCAGAAGCUGCUUCACGAGGAGCUGGCUCUGCAGUGGGUGGUCAGCAGCAGCACCGUGCGCGAGGCGGUCCUGCAGCAUGCCUGGUUCUUCUUCCAGCUCAUGGUGAAGAGCAUGGCACUACACCUGCUUCUGGGCCAGCGGCUGGACACGCCCCGCAAGCUGCGCUUCCCCGGGCGCUUCCUGGAUGACAUCGCUGCCCUCACGGGCUCUGUGGGCCUGGAGGUGAUCACCCGCUGCCACAAGGAUGCGGAGCUGGCUGAGCGCCUCAACACCAGCCUGGCCUUCUUCCUCAGUGACCUCUUGUCCCUGGCCGACCGCGGCUUUGUCUUCAACCUCAUCCGGGCCCACUACAAGCAGGUGGCCACACGUCUACAAUCGGCCCCCAACCCUGCGGCACUGUUGACCCUGCGCAUGGAUUUCACCCGUGUCCUGUGCAGCCAUGAGCACUACGUGACCCUCAACCUCCCCUGCUGCCCCCUGUCGCCCCCGGCCUCACCCUCGCCCUCCGUAUCCUCCACCACCUCCCAGAGCUCUGCCUUCUCCAGUCAUGCCCCAGACCCCAAGGUGACCAGCAUGUUUGAGUUGAGUGGGCCAUUCCGCCAGCAGCACUUCUUGGCUGGCCUCUUGCUGACGGAGCUGGCACUGGCCCUUGAGCCUGAGGCCGAGGGUGCAUCCCUGCUACACAAGAAGGCCAUCAGUGCUAUCCACAGCCUGCUCUGUGGCCAUGAUGCUGACCCCCGCUACGCUGAGGCUACUGUGAAGGCCCGUGUGGCUGAGCUGUACCUGCCACUGCUCUCACUUGCACGGGACACACUGCUGCGGCUACACGACUUUGCUGAGGGCCCAGGACAGAGGUCAAGGCUGGCUUCAAUGCUUGACUCAGACACAGAAGGGGAAGGGGACAUUGGAGGUAUCAUCAACCCCUCAGUGGCCAUGGCCAUCGCUGGUGGCCCCCUGGCCCCUGGCUCCCGGGCCAGCAUCUCUCAGGGUCCACCGACAGCUUCUCGCUCAGGCAGCCUACUCUCUGCUGAGUCUAGCCGGACCUUGCUGGUGUGUGUGCUGUGGGUACUGAAAAAUGCAGAGCCAGCCCUGCUGCAGCGCUGGGCUGCAGACCUGGCCCUCCCUCAGUUGGGUCGUCUCUUGGACUUGCUGCACCUCUGCCUGGCUGCCUUCGAGUACAAGGGGAAAAAGGCCUUUGAGCGCAUCAACAGCCUCACCUUUAAGAAGUCACUGGACAUGAAGGCUCGCCUAGAGGAAGCCAUCUUGGGAACCAUUGGAGCACGACAGGAGAUGGUGCGGCGGAGUCGUGAGAGAAGUCCUUUUGGGAACCAGGAGAAUGUACGCUGGCGGAAGAGCAUCACACACUGGAGACAAACCUCGGACCGUGUGGACAAGACCAAGGAUGAAAUGGAACAUGAAGCCUUAGUGGAUGGGAACCUGGCAACUGAGGCGAGUCUGGUGGUUCUAGACACACUGGAGAUCAUUGUGCAGACGGUGAUGCUGUCAGAGGCCCGGGAGAGCAUCUUGGGGGCAGUGCUGAAGGUUGUGUUGUACAGUCUGGGCAGUGCCCAGAGUGCCCUCUUCUUGCAGCAUGGUCUGGCCACCCAACGGGCCCUGGUGUCCAAGUUCCCAGAGCUGCUGUUUGAGGAGGACACGGAGCUGUGUGCUGACCUCUGCUUGAGGCUCCUGCGCCACUGCGGAAGCCGUGUCAGCAUCAUCCGCGUGCACGCCAGCGCCUCACUCUACCUCCUCAUGCGCCAGAACUUCGAGAUCGGCAAUAACUUUGCCCGCGUGAAGAUGCAAGUGACCAUGUCGCUUUCAUCCCUGGUGGGGACGACGCAGAACUUCAGCGAAGAACACCUGCGACGUUCACUGAAGACCAUCCUCACCUAUGCUGAGGAGGAUGUGGGGCUGCGGGACAGCACCUUCACUGAGCAGGUCCAGGACCUGAUGUUCAACCUGCACAUGAUCCUGACAGACACGGUGAAGAUGAAGGAGCACCAGGAGGAUCCCGAGAUGCUCAUUGACCUCAUGUACAGGAUUGCCCGGGGCUACCAGGGCUCCCCGGACCUGCGGCUGACAUGGCUGCAGAACAUGGCAGGGAAGCACGCGGAGCUCGGCAACCACGCCGAGGCUGCUCAGUGCAUGGUGCAUGCAGCUGCCCUCGUGGCCGAGUACCUCGCCCUGCUCGAGGACAGCCGCUACCUGCCUGUGGGCUGCGUUUCCUUCCAGAACAUCUCAUCCAACGUGUUGGAGGAGUCGGCCAUCUCCGACGAUAUCCUGUCGCCUGAUGAGGAGGGCUUCUGUUCCGGGAAGCACUUCACGGAGCUGGGGCUGGUGGGGCUGCUGGAGCAGGCGGCCGCCUACUUCACCAUGGGAGGGCUCUAUGAGGCAGUGAAUGAGGUCUACAAAAUGCUCAUCCCCAUCCUGGAAGCCCACCGUGACUACAAGAAGCUGGCUGCUGUGCAUGGCAAACUACAGGAGGCCUUCACCAAGAUCAUGCACCAGAGCUCCGGCUGGGAGCGUGUAUUCGGGACGUAUUUCCGAGUGGGCUUCUAUGGUGCUCGCUUCGGAGACCUGGAUGAGCAAGAGUUUGUGUACAAGGAACCGUCCAUCACGAAGCUGGCUGAGAUUUCGCACCGGUUGGAGGAGUUCUAUACGGAGCGCUUCGGGGAGGACGUGGUGGAGAUUGUCAAAGACUCCAAUCCUGUGGACAAGUCCAAGCUUGAGCCGCAGAAGGCCUACAUCCAGAUCACCUACGUGGAACCGUACUUUGACACCUAUGAGCUCAAGGACCGGGUGACCUACUUCGACCGCAAUUACGGGCUGCGUACCUUCUUAUUCUGCACACCCUUCACGCCCGAUGGGCGGGCACACGGGGAGCUGCCCGAGCAGCACAAGCGCAAGACGCUGCUCAGCACAGCCCACGCCUUCCCCUACAUCAAGACACGCAUCCGUGUGUGCCACCGGGAGGAGACAGUGCUGACACCGGUGGAGGUGGCCAUUGAGGACAUGCAGAAGAAGACGCGGGAGCUGGCCUUUGCCACUGAGCAGGACCCGCCCGAUGCCAAGAUGCUGCAGAUGGUGCUACAGGGCUCUGUGGGGCCCACUGUGAACCAGGGCCCCCUGGAGGUGGCCCAGGUGUUUCUGGCAGAGAUCCCAGAAGACCGCAAGCUCUUCAGGCAUCACAACAAGCUGCGGCUCUGCUUCAAGGACUUCUGCAAAAAGUGUGAGGACGCGCUACGGAAGAACAAGGCUUUGAUCGGGCCAGACCAGAAGGAGUACCAUCGAGAGCUGGAGCGCAACUACUGCCGGUUGCGAGAGGCGCUGCAGCCCCUGCUCACCCAGCGGCUGCCCCAGCUGCUGGCCCCAGCAGCACCCGGCCUCAGGAACUCCCUGAACAGAACUAGUUUCCGGAAGGCAGACCUCUGAGCCCAGAGGGCCUGAAACUACAUCCAAAGGAACCAGCAUCCUGGCCUCUGCCAUCCAUUCCUUCCCAGGAGUCCUCACUGCCCACUCCACCUGGGGGUGGCAUGGAACAAGCGGGGUUGGGCCCUAUGUCUGUCUGUCCCCAUCUGUGUGCACUGAUGCUUUUCGCCUUUUUUUAAUUUAAAAUGGUUUUUAUAAGCAA